CCUUCUCCCUCGCCGAUGGACGGCGGGGGGCGCUCGGGCGCCGCCAUGCGAGGGCAGCAGCGCCGCGCUUCCCGGGCCGGCGCGGAACGGCGGACAAGAUGGCGGCUCCCAUGGAGCUGAGCUGCUGGGGAGGCGAUUGGGGGCUGCCCUCCCUGCACCCGGAGUCUCUAACCGUCAUGGCUUAUGCCAAAUUUUCUGGUGCUCCCCUGACAGUGAAUACUAUAAGUAACUCUUGGAGAGCUCCGAAAGGAGAUGUACCGGUCCUGAUAUCAGAAGAUAUUGUUAUUUCUCAGCCAGCAAAAAUAUUGAACUUCUUAAGAAAGCAGAAAUAUAAUGCUGAUUAUGAAUUGUCUGCAAAACAAGGAGCUGAUACACUGGCAUAUAUUGCACUGCUUGAAGAGAAGCUGCUUCCUGCUCUGCUGCACACUUUCUGGGUUGAGGCUGAAAAUUACUGCAGUGUGACAAAGCCGUGGUUUGCCUCAAGGAUUGCCUUCCCACUGAGGUUUUAUCUGCCUGGAAAGAUGUCCAGGGAAGCACUGAACAGGAUCUUGCUGACCAAGGGAGGGCCUCCACUCUACAGUCUGACUGAAGUGGAAGCACAGAUAUACAGGGAUGCCAAGGAGUGCCUAAAUCUCCUGUCGAAGAGAUUGGGGACUUCCCAGUUUUUCUUUGGACAUACGCCUACCACCUUGGAUGCCUUUGUGUUUGGUUUCCUUGCACCGAUUUAUAAAGUGUGCUUCCCCAGGGUACAAUUACAAGAGCAUUUGAAACAGCUUCCCAAUCUGUGUAGAUUCUGUGAUGAUAUUUUAACUUGCUACUUCAGGUUAACUGUCUCAGGCCAUUCUCCGGCUGGACAGGAUACAGCAGAUGCUAAUCUGCAGAAACUCACACAGCUUGUAAAUAAGGAAUCCAACUUGAUUGAAAAGAUCCGGCUCUCAUUAUUUCUCUGCAGAUGGACGACAACCUUCGUAAGAGUCCUCAGCAUCCCCCUCGAAAGCUAACAACCCUCAAGCUGGCUGCAGGUGGAGAAGAAAGCAGUCCAUUGAAUCGUUUGUCACCUUGACAGCUUUUGUUGCCCAUACACAUCUGUUUGCCUUCAACUCUUCUGAGCGCCACAGUACAUUUUUUCACAUGAAUGUUGUUUUGCAAGGGAAGAAUCUGCUAAUGGAUACAAGUAGGGAAGAAAUAUAGCUUUACAAUCUACUAUCUACCUAUUCUUUUAAGAAAUUGCAUAGUACAGGCUGACCACACACUAAGCUGAGGCUAAAGUAAACAAGAGGCUUAUUCUUGCAGAUGUUAAAGUGAUUUUGUACAGCAUAUUUUUGCUUUUAGUCUAGCAGAAAUGUUGACCAAAAGUUAAAAUUCCGCUUAUGGAAUGUUCACUGUUACUUUAUUUUGUGGCUUUUGGUUUUACUGUAAUCAUGUUACUAUAUGUGAGUGGGUAUACUUUUUGUAUCUGUCUGAAAAUUACAAAGUCCAGCUGUAAAAUCGGUGAAAAGACUGGGGGGAAAAAAAGAAUGUUGGCUUUCAUGGCAGCUGAGAAAUGAAAAGCGGUGAGAGGAAGUUAAAUAAUUUUUUAUUGUACUUUCAUGAACACUCUUGGGUCUUGUGUUUUAAGAUUGUUUGUAUUGUUGAAAACUUGUCAUGCUGUACUUUGAUGGGGAUCAUUGAAAAGCAUGUGCACUGUGGGAAGUACAAUGAUGUACAGAAGUAACAUUUCACAGGUACCUGGUAUUAGACCUGCGUGAAACAAGCUUAAUCUGUGCACAGCUUAAUAUUACAUGCUGCAAAACUCUUAAGUUAAAAUCACAGAGGACUGGUAGUGAGACGGAGAGAUUUGAUUAGCUCCUGUCAGACAAGAGACUUGACUAGCAAACAUACUGUGACUCUGGAUUGAAAGGAGCUGGUUAGGGCUUUAUAAGAAAGCUGAUGGAGGCUUUUAAAUUUGUCACAGAUGCCUUUGAAUUAAUUUUGUCUCUUUUUUUUUUU